AGAGACAGAGAGAGAGAGAGAGAGAGAGAGAGAGAGGAGGCUGGACGACGACACGGACGCGGCAGAUCGUUUGUCUCUAACCGGUGAAAUAAUAAUCACCUCUCAGAUCCACUGAUCCCAUCGAUCCCAUCGACUGAGUGGAGCGGGGCGGGAGGAGGAGGAGGAGGAGACCGAGCGCACCGGAGACACCGGAGACACCGGCAGCAUGAACCGGAGCCGCGCGGUGGUUCACCUCUGAAGGGUCGAGCCGAGAGACGAGGAGGAGGAAGAAGAAGAAAUAAUCAUAAUAAUAAAGACAAAAAAGCUUCAUGAUCUUUUCCUCUCACGUGAACCUCCGUGUCGCCGAUCGAUCCAUCGCUCGGCGACUGUUUGGUUUUACGCACCGGGACCAUGAACCGGAUUUCCCUGAGAGUUACAACCGAAGAAUAAAAAAACAAAACACCAACAACACCAAGAAGAUAGUUCUGUCUUCUGCCGCUGAACCCACCUGCGUAUCGACCCCGGUGAUCGGCGACUGAUCGGCGACUGAUCUGCGUCGGAGGAGGAGGAGGAGACGCGGGGAGCGCACCGGGCACGGACCGGGCACCAUGAUCAGGAUCUUCCCGGAUUUCAGCGUCCAGGUGACGGCGUCGGCGGCCGGAGGAGUCGGGGGUGGUGGUGGUGUCGGCGGCGGCGGGAUGGUGACCGGACCCCCGGUGGGUCGGGGGCCCGGAGCCACGAACGGGACCCCGCAGAGCCUGCAGGGACUCACCGGCUACCAGCAGAGUGACCCCUACUGGGAGCGGCCAGCUAAUGCAGGCAGCUGCUCCGCCGCCCGGCCCAAGACCCUUCACCUGGCCGGCCAGCAGCAUACCUCGUCACCAUGGCUGCAGGCCCUGCGGAAGGAGAAGUCACGCGACGCGGCGCGGUCGCGGCGCGGCAAGGAGAACUUUGAGUUCUACGAGCUGGCCAAGAUGCUGCCGCUGCCGGGCGCCAUCACCAGCCAGCUGGACAAGGCGUCCAUCAUCCGGCUCACCAUCAGCUACCUGAAGAUGAGGGACUUCGCCAACCAGGGGGACCCGCCGUGGAACCUGCGCAUGGAGGGGCCGCCGCCCAACACCUCGGUCAAAGCUAUCGGUACCCAGCGGAGGAGGAGUCCCAGCGCCGUCGCCUCGGACAUCUUCGAGCCUCACCUGGGCAGCCACAUAUUACAGUCUCUGGACGGGUUCGUAUUUGCACUAAACAAGGAAGGAAGAUUCCUCUACAUCUCUGAGACCGUCUCCAUCUACCUGGGGCUGUCACAGGUGGAGCUGACCGGCAGCAGCUCGUUCGACUACGUCCACCCGGGCGACCACGUGGAGAUGGCGGAGCAGCUCGGCAUGAAGCUCCCCCCGGGUCGAGGGGCGUCCCUGUCCCAGGGAGCGGUCCACGAAGACGGGGCGUCCUCGGCCUCCUCGUCCUCGCACUCGGAGACGCCGGAGCCAGUGGAGUCCAGCAGUCCCAGUCUGCUGGCCCCUGACAACACUCUGGAACGGUCCUUCUUCAUCCGGAUGAAGUCGACGCUCACGAAGAGAGGCGUGCACAUCAAGUCCUCAGGAUACAAGGUGAUCCACGUCACGGGGCGUCUGCGCAUCAGGAUGGCCCUGACGCACAGUCGCUCGGUGCCCAAUCAGAUCAUGGGCAUGGUGGUGGUGGCUCACGCUCUGCCGCCGCCCACGAUCAACGAGGUUCGCAUCGACUGUCAAAUGUUCGUCACCCGUGUCAACAUGGACCUGAAGAUCAUCUACUGUGAGAACAGGAUCAGCGACUACAUGGACCUGACCCCGGUCGACAUCGUGGGGAAGAGGUGCUACCAGUUCAUUCACGCCGAAGACGUGGAGGGAAUCAGACAGUGUCACCUGGACUUGAUGAACAAGGGUCAGUGUGUCACAAAGUACUACCGGUGGAUCCAGAAGAACGCCGGCUACAUCUGGAUCCAGUCCAGUGCCACCAUCGCGAUCAACACCAAGAACGCCAACGAGAAGAACGUCAUCUGGGUCAACUACGUGCUCAGCAAUCCGGAGUACAAAGACACGCCCAUGGACAUCGCCCAGCUGCCGAACCUGCCCGAGAAGACGUCCGAAUCCUCCGAAACCUCCGACUCCGAGUCCGAGUCCAAAGAAAACUCAGACAAUGAGAACGCCAAGUCCGAGGGGAAGCCAGGCCACCAAUCGGAACGCAGCGAGGACCCAGAGACGGACAUCAAGCGCCAACAGCAACCCGGCCAAUCACAUUGCUCCUCUGAACAGGAAAUGAAGCGUCAGGAAGAAGGAGACAGUUCGAGUAACCCUGAGAGCCAGGACAGCGAUGAUAGUCUGGAGGCUUCAGAUGGGGAGGGGGAGGGGGAGGAGCUGGAGGAGGCCAGGGUGGCAGGAGGUGGCGGCGAAGGGGGAGGAGGAGGAAAGAUGGCGAGGUUAACAGCACUGGGGGGGUUAGGCGGACUGGGCGCCAUCGGAGGACUUGGUAACAUGGGUGGGCUUCACAUUAAAGUAGAGCACUACGGAGAGGGCGAAGAACUGCAGCUGCACAACUCGCAAACGUCUUCGUCAGAGGAGGAGGAAGACGAGGAGGAUGAGGAAGAUGAUGAGGAAGAGGACGAAGGCAUGGAAGACUGCGACGGUGCAAAUGGCGGAAACAAGCUCCAGAAGCGGCGGAAGCGGCGGAAAGUGCAGAAGUGGGAUGUAUCACGAAGUAGGAGGCUUCGCCUGUCGUCGACUCCGCCCAGCCCCGUCGCCAUGGGAGAUACCACGCCACUGGUUGACCCCUCCCAGAGCGCGGCCACCGCCUCCUCCCACCUCCUCAGCUCCUCCGGCUCCCCAACCAGUGCAGGUGUGACAUCCAACGUCCUGAAGAUCAAGACCGAGAUGGCAGAACCCAUCAACUUUGACAACGACAGCAGCAUCUGGAACUACCCGCCCAACAGAGAGAUUUCCAGAAAUGAGUCUCCGUACAGCAUGACCUCCAAACCGGCCGCUCCGGGACCCCAUGAGACCUUCCCCUCGCCCCAGGGCGGCUCUCUGCAGGUGUCCAUCCCUGACUCGGUCCUAACUCCUCCUGGAACCGAGGGAGGAGCUGGAGCAGUGAGGAAGCCUCCGUACAACGGAAGCUCCGCCCCGUCCUCUGCUUCCAGUGCUGCGAGUUUAGCGCCUCCGUCCAGCGCCUCCUCUGCCGACCCACUGUCUCCUCCCCUCUCCGCCUCGCCGCGGGACAAGCAACAGGGCACUCCCACCACAUCCUCUUCUUCCUCCUCUUCAUCAUCCUCCUCCACUUCGUCCACAACCUCUUCCUCUUCCCUGCUGUACUCCGGGGACCUCGAGGCUCUACAGCGUCUGCAGGCUGGUAACGUGGUGCUCCCGCUGGUCCACCGGGUCACAGGGUCCCUGGCCCCCACCAGCACGACGGCUCCGCGGGUUUACACCACCGGGACCAUCAGGUACGCACCAGCGGACGUCACCCUGGCCAUGGCGCAAGGUAACCUCCUACCCAAUGCCGCCAUGAACUUUGUCGACAGCUCGGGGUUCGGCCUUGACCCCAAGACGCCCAUGGAGAUGCUCUACCACCACGUCCACAGGCUCAACAUGUCGGCGGCAGCGGCCGCUGGCCCGUUUGUCGGAUCUCCGUCGGCCACGGGCGGGAACGGCGCCCUGGGGGGCCAGAUGCCAACGGCGGCCAACGUCUUCACGACGGCAGAGGGACUUUUCUCGACGCUACCGUUCCCGGUGUACAGUAACGGCAUCCACGCCACGCAGACAACUCUGGAGAGGAAGGAGGAUUAAUGCAAAUCGCUCAAGACCGCAUUACUGUGUUUUCCGGAAUCAACAACUGUGUCGAAGUAAAAGACUACUCACUAGUAAAAAAAAUAAAAAAAGAAAGAAGACUCCUUACUUGCUAUCCUUUCUCAACGCGGCGUAGCACUGUGGGCCUGAGAGGCGAGGACGUACUCUAGCACUUUGAAUCUUGUGUAAUAGACAUGAAUGACGACUCCCCCUCUUUUCUAUCCUCUUCCUCUCCAUCCUCUUCUCCCUCGCUCUCUCCUUGCUCCCGUUUCUUGCAAUCAGCAACACUUUCCUCCCGAAGAAGAUACGACGAACCAGACUAUUCUUUACUGUGAAGAAACUCCUUUUCCGCCUACAGACAAUUCAUAUUGCCGAGGGACUCCGCCGGAGCCCGACGGGGAUCAUUUGUAUUAUUUGACUUGAUUCUGUUGCGUCUCCGUGAAGAUGCUGAUUGUGUGUAUUUAACGGAGGAGGACGCUGCAGGGACUCGUAACGGACGGAGAAGUCUCGUGCGGCUCCUCCGGUACGUGUCUUGAUGCGAUCGAGGCUUGAGAGGAGACAAAAAGGCCUCAGUGAUGAUAAUCUUUUGAAAAAAGGUUUCUGAGGACGUUUCUCGAUUGAGGGAAGAGUUUUAGAGUCGCUUUCAUUUUCUUCCUUUUUUUUUAUAAAAUGUUCGAGCUCCGAUUUAACUGACGAAUCAAAGCAGUAAGAAGAAAAACAACAACAAAAGCAAUUUCAACCGGGUGACGACCUGUGAAUUAUCGAAUGUUACUAGUUCCUCUUGGCUCCCAGGAGGUGACCAACAGGUCCCACAUAACCUCCUCGACAUCUCUUCCUGUCUCGACCCGUUGCUCUCGCUCCGAUCCUUCUCUACCUGAUCUUUAAUAUUCCGAUCUACAUUUCUACCUUUCGAUCUACAGACUCACGGUGCUACCGAAACCGCCCAGUGACCCUGACUCAGCUGGCUGAUGUGGGGGCUGUGAAACGAACCCACGGCUCGUUGACAGACAGAUCGUCUUCUGCUUUCGUUUCGUUUUUCCGGAGGGGGAAGUAUUUUACAGUUAGUUUAGUUGGGGGUUUUACUUUCACUUCUGACCGUCAGGAAAGUCAGAAAUGCAGCAAGAACCUCUGAAUCACCUCCACGUUUCAUUCCAUGUCCCUCCUUUGUCUAGAAUAGAGGGGGGGAAACGCUCAAUCUGAUUGGGCGAUGAGGGGAAGCUCCACUUGUUGGGUUGAGUGGACGUGUUGUGUUUUUAUAACUGAAUCACUUUUCUUUUCUAACGGGACUGAGGCUAAUUAUUUAGCGUCACUAACUUGAAAAAUGAAUGUUGAAAUCCUGUUUGAUAACUCUUUUCUUUUCUUUUUCUACUGGUUCUACUACUUUCUUCUUUUCUUCCUCCUCCUCCUCCUCGUCCUUCUUCUUACUCAACCAGAAUCACCUCCACCAGAUUUUCCCCAAACAAUCCGCUCUCUUCCAUCCCAUCGCCGGACCCUGUGAUUUAAAAACCACAUAUCAACGAGGAGAUUGUAACAAAGACGCACAUUUUCAAUCAGCCAAUCAAUCGACCUAUCAAACAAUCAAUCGAUCCAGUAACUGCAACAACAAAAAAAGUCUUUUGAAUUUAUUUUUGAGGAAGAGAAAAAAAAACUCACAUUCCUUCACACAGCGUUGUCUCUCGUCGUCGUCGUCGUCGUCGUCGUCGUCGUCGUCGUCGUCGUCCUCCCGUGUUUGUGUUUUGUUUCUUCCCCAGUCUCCUUUGCCAAAAGAAAAAAAAAGAAGAAAAGAGUUUGGUGUUUGAACAGCACUGUGAUUCCUCCCUCAUUUCAAAUCUUUUGUUUUUUUCUUCUACUUUUCUGGUAAAAAAAAAAAAAAAAGAGGAAAAAAAUAAAUAAUAA